CGUCGUCCGGUCUGCCGGAGCUCGCCCAGCAGCAGAACAAGAGCCCUCAUGAAUCCGCUCGUGCUGCCAUUCCCUUCCAUCUUUCGAUCGAUGGGCGCGACAUGGUGACCCGAUUGCGCGCCUGAGCUGGCGUAGGUUCGCAUUCUUGUUGCUCGGGAUCGGCCAGCGCGAGCUGCUCCCGUCGUUGCUCGUUGCUCGAUCGGUUUGCUUGUUCUGCUCUUCUGGGCGUCACCAAGAUGAGCGCUCCGGCGCUGCUGCCGCUCGCGCUCGCGCUCGCCUUGUUCUCGGCGCGGGCAGCGUGCGAGGUCAUUUUCGAAGAGCGUUUCGAAGAUGGAUGGGAGAGUCGCUGGGUGAGAUCGGACUGGAAGAGAAGCGAAGGGCUUGCUGGAAAUUGGAUCCACACAGCUGGGAAGUGGUACGGAGAUGACGCGGACAAAGGUAUUCAGACUAGUCCAGAUGCAAGGUUCUUUGCGAUCUCAACAAAGUUCCCGCAGGAAUUCAGCAACAAAGGCAGGACUCUUGUGCUGCAGUACUCGGUUAAACACGAGCAAAAGAUUGAAUGUGGCGGUGGAUAUGUAAAACUCAUGAGCGGUUAUGUGAAUCAGAGGAAGUUUAGUGGAGACACACCAUACAGUAUCAUGUUCGGACCAGAUAUAUGUGGUACACAAACAAAGAAACUCCAUGCAAUUAUCCAGUAUAAGGGCCAGAACUAUCCAAUCAAGAAGACGGUUGCCUGUGAAACAGACCAGCUCACGCACGUCUACACUUUUAUUAUAAGACCGGAUGCCUCUUAUAGCAUUCUCGUCGACAACAGAGAAAGAGAGUCUGGAAGUCUGUACAACGAUUGGGAAAUUCUCCCACCAAGAAAACUGAAAGAUAACAAAGCGAAGAAGCCGGAAGACUGGGAUGACAGAGAAUACAUCCCCGAUCCAGAUGAUAAGAAGCCCGAGGAUUGGGAUUCUAUCCCUUCCGAAAUUCCAGACCCCAAAUCUAAGAAGCCGGAUGAUUGGGACGAGGAGGACGACGGAGAAUGGUAUCCUUCAACAAUACCAAACCCCAAGUACAAGGGACCAUGGAAGCCCAAGAAAAUAAAGAAUCCAGCUUACAAAGGAAAGUGGAAGAUCCCCUGGGUUGACAACCCAGAGUUCGAAGAUGAUCCAGAUCUUUACGUGUUUGCGCCAUUGCAGUACUUUGGUAUUGAACUUUGGCAGGUUAAAGCAGGCUCACUUUUUGACAACAUCCUCAUCACUGACGAUCCUGAUUAUGCUAAACAAGUUGCAGAGGAAACUACUCUGAAGAACAAAGAUGCCGAACUGGAGUCUUUUGAAGAAGCAGAGAAGAAAAGGGAAGCGGAUGAGGAGAGGGAGGCACAAGCAGCAAGGGAGGAAGGAGAGAGGAGGAGGCGAUCGAGAGACCGUCGAAGGGACUCUCACUCAAAAUUGCGAUCAAGAGAUAGAGCAAGAGAUUACGAUCGUAGAGCAAGAUCAAAGUCUGCUCGACUUAGGGAGGACAUGAAAAGCAAGUAUAGCCGGGGUUACGAUGAUGAAGACGACGAUGACGACGAUGAUGAUGAUUACUAUCCGGAUCACGGACACGAUGAGCUGUAGAAAGUAUAUCCAUCCAUGGCAGAUACAGGAAUCCUUUUGGUCAGUCUUGAGCAUCUUCUUGCAUGCUCAAAGAGGCAGUUCUGACCACUUAUUGAAAUUAGCGUUCGAAGGUGAAGGACGGAAGGACUUAACAGAUCUAUGUCAACGGAGUAGGAUUUAGAUAUCAAUGCAGUACAAUGGCUCAUAUCCUAGCGAAGUGAGCCGCGUUUUGCAUAUAUAAACAGGGCACCAACGAGUUGGAGGCCCCCUUCUAUAAUGUUUGAUGGGAUACUGGUUAUUUUGUUUGCUCUUUUAGUUAAGUCUCAGCCGACAGCGGUGAUGCCAUCCACAUUGUUUUAUUUUCGACUUACAAUUUCUGUCACCACCGAAAUGAGUAUAGCAAGAUGAAAUGAUAGAUUGAGAGCUUAAGAUACUAACUCUAGCGUACAUCAUACGUUUAGACUGCAUCAGUUUGAACUUGUAGUACGAAUCUCCUCGACAUUUUCUUCCUGGAAAAGAAGAAAAUGUCCAGGGUGCGAUUAGUUGUUUCAUACAUCUUUCAAAAUGUAGGGACAGUGCUCACUGUGUCUCAGUAAACGCGUGCUACACGGUUGUCAUAAGCAUUUUUGAGCUUCACCGCAACGAACCGUGUCAC